AUGUUCCAAAGAAUCAGAGGCGCCAUCGACCGCACCAUUGCCGAGGAGCAAGCCCGCCAGAAAUCCCUUGAGAGUGCAACCCCUUCAAGGUCCGGAUCGACUUCGUCUCGCAGAAGCGAUGCCGAUCCUACUGGACGCAGGGCCCGGGCAAAGAAGCCGUCCGCCGAUAUAACCGAUUCAACGGUCCCAAACCCCGAUCCGGCCGUCUUUGAGGCCGCCUUUGUCAUCGACGACAGUGACGAGCCCAGUCGCUCGGGGACACCUGCACCGCCGCUGCCCCCGCCGCCUCCUGAAAAGGAUCAUGUCGACGGGGAUGGGAUGCACGCGUCAAAGAUUGGGCAGGCAGACACCUCUCAGACCAAUGGCACGAAUGCGGAUCAGGAACACGCGGAUGGCAAUGCGAAAGAGGAUGGACAUGCUGCUGCGCCCACGGGGCUGAGCCCAGAGAUUAAGCAGCGGCUUAGGAAGCUAGAAAAGUUGGAGUCCACGUAUCCGGAGCUCCUACGGUCAUAUAGGGUUGCGCAUAAACGCGCAACCGCCAUUGAACCCUUUGAAAAGGCGCUGCGUGAGAACACGCCGCUUACCUCCAUCAACGACCCAAGUUCUCUGGUCGAAUAUCUCAACCAAUUGAACUUGAGGGGUGACAUGGUCAUGGAUGAGCUAAAGAAGGUCUCAGCUGACAAGGAGGAACUCAAGAAGAAGCAUGCCGAGACCGAAGAAAGGCUCAAAAAUACACGGGAAGAAUUGGAAGCUUGCAAAAGCGGUAUAUCUACCAAGGCUGCUGCCGAUCCAAGCGAACGCAAGCCUAUCGAACCACCUGCCGGCACCAGCCUUGAUAUUGCUGCUGAGAAAGCCAAAUCCCCAGUUGCGUCCGUCAUUAGCAUGUUCUCACCCAAACAGAAGGCACAGGACACCCACCAGGGCAAAUCAGAGACCGAGGACUUCUUCUCUUACGACGAAGAAAUCCCCCAAUUGCAGGCUGAAGUGGCGUCCAAGGCUGAAGAGAUUGAGCACCUCAAGCGCAAGGUGGAGAACCUUGAAAAGGAACUCUCCGUCGCCAAGGAAAGUAGUACUGGCUUGGCUGAAAGUUUAGAGCAGACGAGCAGGGCAUUGAGCGAGUCUCGGGCGUCUUACGAAUCGCAGGCGUCGCUACACACGCAGCUCGAAGAGCGGAACGCGGAAAUCAGGACGCUAACUGAAAGGCUUGGCGCGACACAGUCGGCGCUGAAGAAGCUGGAGGACCAGGCGGACAAGGACAAAAAGGAGCACGCGUCGACGGUCAGGAAUGUUGAGUCUUGUCUUGCCAAAUCGGAGAAGAAGGCAGCUGAACUUGAUGCCGAGCUCAUCAAGGCUGGCAAUGCAAAGUCGAUAUCCAAGAAGCUGAUUGACGACCUCAACACCCAGAUCAAGUGUCUGGAACAGGAAAAGUCGCAGAGUUUGGCCAAGAUCGAGUCGUUGACCAAGAAAAUGGAUUUGCCUGCUGCCACGUCCCAACCUGCAGCCGCUGAGGCAACUGCUGCAGCAACCCCUGCGGCUGGUGUCUCCAAAAAGAAGAACAACAAAAAGAAGAAGGGCAAGGGUGGCGGCGGCGGUGGCGCAACGGCUGCUGUAUCCCUAGCUGAAGCGGAGGAGACCAAGGAAGCCGGUGACAAGGCGGACAACGCAGCCCCUACUUCCCUCAAGGCUGAGAUUGCCAAGCUCAAGGUUGAAGUCGAGGAAAGGGACGAGCAAAUCGAGAAACUCUCCAAGAAGCGCAAGACAGAGGAGGAUUUGCGAGAAGAGAUUGAGAACCUGCAAGAGAACCUGGUCAACAUUGGACAAGAUCACGUCGAAGCCAAAGAGAAGAUCAAGGGUCUCGAGAAGGCAAAGUUUCAACUAGAGAAAUGUAUUGCCGAGCACGAGGCUCAAGUUGGAUCGUCACAGUCGAAUGGAACUGGUCAUGCAAAGAUUCAAGGUGACCUUGACGCUCUACGCAAGGAGUAUGACGAUCUCAAGAACAAGUCGACCGCGUUGCAGUCUGAUUUGGAAGCUGCUCAACGACUAGCUCAGGCGCGAUUCAAGGAGCUGACGGCCCUCAAGGAAGUCCUGCAAAAGGCACAACCGGAGCUGAAGAGUUUGAGACAAGAGUCAAGCGAGUUAAAGACAACCAAGGAGGAGCUUGCCGCCAAGGUCAAGGAGCUGCAGGCGGCGGAGAAGCGGGAGCAGGACUUGAAGCGUGAUGUCAGCGAAGCCCAGCAAUUGGCAACUGAUGGCGAAAAGGAGUUGAGGAGUCUACGGGAGAAGCUCAAGUCUGAGGGGAGCAACAAACAAAGGGCGGAAGACGGCAAGCGCACAGCCGAGAGGGAUCUGCGGCGGGCCGAGGCCGACAAGAUCGAGGUCGUCGCCAAGACGGAAAAGAUGGAGCGCGAGCUACAACAGGCCCGAGUCGAGCUCAACACGCUGCGGCGGCGUGUCAAGGAGCUGGAGGAGCAGACGCACAAGCUGCGCAGGGAAAAGGCUGCGGCGCAAGAGGAAGCGGAAUUCAAGUCGCAGCAGUACAGCAACGCACAGGGCCUGCUUGCCAGCAUGCGCGAACAAGCGGCAGAGCUGUCGGUGCAGCUCAAGGAAUCCAAAUCGCAGGCAGAGUCGCUGGAAGAGGAACUGGUGGAGGUGCAGCGGCUGCUGCAGGAGCGAACGCGCGAGGGAGAGACGAUGCGGCGUCUGCUGGCCGACGUGGACGAGCGCGCAGACACCAAGAUACGCGAGAUGCGCGGGCGGAUGGAGGCGGCGAUUGAAGAACGCGAGCGCAUGGAAGACGAGUCGAGCACGCUGGCGAGGCGCAAGACGCGCGAGUCGGAGGAGCUGAGGAACAAGAUUCGCGAACUGGAGCGCGAGGUCAAGUCGCUGAGCAACGAGCGGGAUGAGCUCGAAGAGCGGCAGAGGGAAUGGAAGCGGCGGCGCGACGAGCUCGAGGCCAUCGAGUCCAAGGCGUCGGCAGAGACGGAGGAAAUGCGCACGACGGUGUCGCAGCUGCGGUCUGCGCUGGACAUGUCGGAGACGCAGCUGCGGGAUGGCGAGAAGCAGCGCGGCGACCUGCGCAAGAUGCUGGACGACUCGCGGGUGCGGUAUGAUAAGCUCGCCAAGGACCUCAAGACGGCGCAGUCGAAGCUGGUGGUGGCGGGCUCGAGUCGCAGCUCCAUGGAUUCGAUGCGGAGCAGCGGCAACGGCAACGGCGACACCGCGUACCUGAAGACGAUAUUGCUGCAGUUUCUGGAGCAGAAGGACGGGCGGUUGAGGGCGCAGUUGGUGCCCGUGCUUGGCAAGUUGCUCAAGUUUGACAGGAGCGACGAGCAGAAGUGGAUGAAUGCGGUGCAGCACAUGGAGGUCAAUCCUCCGGUCACACUCAAGCACAGCACAGCAUCUCAACAGGCCCCGAGCAUGAAGUCGCUUACGCCCGCCCUCGUCGUCGUCGCCGCCGCCGCCGCCGCCGCCGCCGUCCCGCUGGCCUCUGGAAGCGCAGGCGUCGGCUCCUACGCCUGCUACUCGGAACCGGAAUACACGCCGCCCUGCGCGCCUGGACAGCUGUGCGCGCAGGUUGCCAUGCCCGUGGAAGUGUGCUCGUGGCAGUGUGGAGCGCCGCCGCCCUACGCGUGGAGGGAGCGCUGCAGGCCCUGUCAGGCGGACGUUUGUCGGGCCAUUUGCACGUGCGAGGUCUUUCGUCCCAAGAGUGCGUAG